ACGCUCAGGGAACUCCGCCUCAGGCAUUCGGCACAUCCUUUGCUCAAGGAUGUAGAGUGUGUGCGUGUGUGUGUUUGUUUAAUGUCGUCGUUAUGAUUGCCAGUCUUUUCCUCUCUCAACAUGCCUGCUGCGAUGCACCUCACUGUGCUGGUGUCCCUGUUUGCUGUGACAUUCUGCGCAGACACCAACACUUCCUCUGCAGCACAACACGUAACAAAGUUGAUCACAAGUGCUGUCCACCCCAGUAGGGUGACAGUGACAGUGACACAUCAUGUCACUUCGUCCACUGUGAAACCCGCCAACAACACGCUGCAGCAUCAAACUACGCCGCAGCAGGUCACCACUACGGUCAAUUCAGACGAAAAGUCCUCGUCAGCGCCACCGUUUACUUCACCACAAACGCCCAAUAAGACGGAGGAAACCCACCGCAGCCAUCCUACUGAGACUCCGGUGACCAACCAGGCGUCCAACGAUACAGUCUCCCAGAGGCCGACUAGCCCAACAGCAUCGGGGUCACCAAACGCCACUGCACCCACCCCUGUUAACACAACCAGCCCAGCUCUCACACUCGGGUCGGGGAACGGUAGCUUGGCAUCAAACCCCGGCCUCGUGGCCAUCAUCUGCAUUUUCUGCAUCAUCCUUGUCCUUGUGCUGGUGGUUGCCACUGUCAAAUGUAUCUCAACAUCCAGGUCCAACUUUGAGAGGCUGGAAGAUGUGCCCAUGGGCAAAGUCAAUGAGGCGUCUCCAUUCGCCCAGUAUUCAAAAUGACAGAGGAGACUUCAGUGGUCUGUUGCAGGAGUCGGAUGCUUCUGGACACAAAAAACACAGAAGGGACACAAGAAAAAGACGGCUUUGAAGGUUUUUUCUCAAGCUCUUAUUUCUAUACAAAGCACUUUUGUCUGAAAUAAUGAAAUAUUUCUGCCUUAGCUUUGACCUUUGCCCUGUUAUCUGGUAGCUCAUAAUUCAGCCGAUUUAGGCUCUGAAGGUUAAUCAGCUUCCUUCAGCUUAAAAGGUAAAAAUGUAAAUGUCAUAUUUCCAAAAUAUUGGGAUACAUGUCCUUCUAAGCACUUACCAUUCAUACUCACACUCUUACAUAAAAACAAGUGGUUUUAAUAAUGAUUUUUGAAUUUCAAGUGAAGGUUCAAUUGUAGUUUGGCAUGCAAAUUCAAUUUUUGACUCCUCUGUUCUACUGUAAUGCUGGCCAAUUAUAUUUUUGUACAUAAUAAUUAUAUAUUCUGCUUUUAUGUAAUAAAUGUUGUAUAAACCCUUAAUUUAUAUAACCUCACACGCUAUGGUGACACGUGUGAUCUUCUAACAAAUCAUAUCCAUGUGGCAAUGCUGGUCUCGUUCAUCAAAUUUAAUUCACCUCACCUCCAACAUCCAACUGAGACACAAAAAGUCUUCUUCCAGCCAAGAAUGACAUUUUCUGAUAACCAUGUUUAUGCUCGGAGGUUGUAGAGUUUUUCUUCUGCUUGCAUUAUACACACUGACAGACAGGUGUAAUGUACAUGAUUGUGAUUUUUUACAAUUAAAUAAAAGGAAUAUUCCCAGGA